AUUAUGAAUAGAGUUGUCACGCUGUCAGAUUUAUUUAUUCUUAAAAAAACUGAUAAAUAUAACGCUGUAAAAGUUGCAAAAACUAUUUAAUAAUAUAUAUAUCAUUUUGUAAUAAACUAAGAAAAAUAAUAUAAAAUUAAUUUUAUUAUCAUCAGUCAAACAAAUUAUGAAAAUGGCAGGUUUAGAGUCGAUGGUUGUUGAAGAGGUUAGACCCGCCGAAAAGCCUGUAGACAGAGAAAAGACUUGUCCAUUAUUACUGCGAGUAUUUUGUUCAACUGGAAGACACAAUUCUCCUGGUGACUAUGCGAGAGGCAAUGUUCCUCAAAAUGAGCUGCAAAUAUACACAUGGAUGGAUGCGUCAUUGCGUGAAUUAACAGGGCUAGUUAAAGAAGUUAACCCUGAGACUCGGCGUAAAGGCACUUACUUUGAUUUUGCUAUAGUUUAUCCAGACAUGAGGUCUCCUACAUACCGUAUGCGAGAAAUUGGUGUUACGUGCUCUGGACAACGAGGCGGCGACGACAACAAAACACUUGCCCAAGUUAAAUUUCAAAUUGGGAAUUAUCUUGAUAUUUCAAUCACUCCACCUAACAGAAUGCCGCCUCCUAUGCGUAGACCACAGCCAUAUAUGAAUAAUCGUCCUUAUUAACUAUUAAAAUAAUAUUUUUAUUUAUAGGUACUUUUAAAAGUAAGAUUAAUUAAUAAACAAUUUCAAAUGA